UUUUUUUUUUCUCAGCACACUCGCAGAAAAUGGAAACCAGUAGAGUCUCUCGAUCCCGACAGAAGGCUGACGUGGCAGGCGUGCUCCGGAAAUCAUGGUACCAUCUACGGCUGUCGGUGAGGCACCCGACCAGAGUUCCCACGUGGGACGCCAUCGUCUUGACGGCGGCCAGUCCCGAGCAAGCCCAGCUCUACGAGUGGCAGCUCACGCGAGCCAAGCGGGUGGGCCGCAUAGCCGCCUCCACAAUCACUCUGGCCGUGCCCGACCCCGACGGCCAGCGCAUCGGCUCCGGCGCCGCCACCCUCCACGCCAUUCACGCCCUCGCCAAGCAUUACCGUACAGUAGGCCCACACUCCGAGGUGAUAACUACAAGCAAUGGUAGUUCUGGGUUCUCUGAGUCUCAUAAAAAUCCAGAGGAUGAAGUGGAUGAUGAUGAUCUCUCGCAAAUGGUUAGCUUCAUUGCCAAAAGGCAUAUAUUAUUGCUACAUGCUGGAGGUGAUUCUAAAAGGGUCCCCUGGGCAAACCCCAUGGGGAAAGUUUUCCUGCCACUUCCGUAUCUAGCAGCUGAUGACCCUGAUGGGCCAGUCCCGCUGCUUUUUGAUCAUAUACUUGCAAUUGCUUCUUGUGCAAGACAAGCUUUUAAAAAUGAAGGUGGAAUAUUUACUAUGACUGGAGAUGUACUUCCAUGUUUUGAUGCCUCUAACAUGGUGCUUCCAGAGGACACGUCCUGUAUCAUCACUGUUCCCAUCACCCUUGAUAUUGCGUCUAAUCAUGGUGUUGUUGUGGCAUCUAAGAGUAGGAAUGUAGAAAGAAGUUAUACUGUCAGCUUAGUUGAUAAUCUCUUACAGAAACCUAGCUUAGAGGAACUUGUUAAGAACAAUGCAAUUCUUGAUGAUGGUAGAACACUUCUUGACACUGGAAUAGUAGCAGUUAGAGGUAAAGGGUGGGAGGAGCUUGUUGCACUUGCUUGUUCCUGCCAACCAAUGAUUUCAGAACUUCUAAAGAGCGGAAAAGAGAUGAGUUUAUAUGAAGAUCUUGCAGCAGCUUGGGUACCUGCAAAACAUGACUGGUUGCGCCUACGCCCCUCAGGCGAAGAACUCGUGAGUAGAUUAGGAAAACAGAAGAUGUUCAGCUAUUGUGCUUGUAUGUGUAUCCUUGAUGCCAAUGAUUUGUCGUUCUUACAUUUUGGAACCUCAAGUGAAGUUUUGGAUCAUCUGAGUGGAGCUAGUUCGGUACUGGUCGGUCGAAGACACCAGUGUUCUAUACCAGCAACCAAUCUAUCUGAUAUUGCAGCAUCUGCUGUUCUUCUUUCUAGCAAAAUUGCACCUGCUGUCUCCAUUGGGGAAGAUUCUCUUAUAUAUGAUUCAACCAUUUCCAGUGGAAUACAAAUUGGUUCUCUGUCCAUAGUUGUUGGUAUUAAUGUUCCAUCAGUGAACAGUACAGCUGCUGAAAAUUCAUUUAGGUUCAUACUUCCGGAUCGUCAUUGUCUUUGGGAGGUUCCGCUAGUAGGACGCACCGGAAGAGUCAUAGUGUAUUGUGGCCUUCAUGAUAACCCCAAAAAUUCAGUCUCUAAGGAUGGAACUUUUUGUGGGAAACCCUGGAGGAAGGUCUUGCAUGAUUUAGGAAUUCAAGAAAAUGAUCUAUGGAGCUCAACUGGUACUCAUGAAAAGUGUUUAUGGAAUGCAAAAAUUUUCCCUAUUCUUUCUUACUUUGAGAUGCUAAAUUUGGCGUCAUGGUUGAUGGGCUUGAGUGAUCAAAACUCGAAGCAUUUUCUUUCAUUGUGGAGAAGUUCACCACGUGUCAGUUUGGAGGAGUUGCAUAGAUCAAUUGAUUUUUCAAAAAUGUGUCAAGGUUCCAUUGAUCAUCAAGCAGACCUUGCAGCUGGAAUUGCUAAAGCGUGCAUUAAAUAUGGGAUGCUUGGCUGCAACUUAUAUCAAUUGUGUGAAGAAAUUCUGCAAAAGGAAGAUUUAGGAGUCAAAAUAUGUGAGGACUUUCUAGGUCUUUGUCCCGGACUCUUGGAGCAGAAUUCUAAGAUUCUUCCCAAAAGCCGAGCUUACCAGCUUCAGGUUGAUCUUCUUCGAGCAUGCAGGAAUGAAACAACAGCUUGUAAGUUGGAUCACAAAGUUUGGGAUGCAGUUGCUGAUGAAACUGCUUCAGCUGUAAAAUAUGGUUUUAAAGAGUAUCUAUUUGAGGCACCCAGCGAAAUCCCUACUCCAGUUUAUAAGAACAAUGAUUUUGAUGGCUCUGCGGAUCAUUUUUUCCACCCUAGAAGGGUGAAGGUUGAAUUACCAGUUCGUGUGGAUUUUGUUGGGGGUUGGAGUGAUACGCCUCCAUGGAGCUUGGAGCGUGCUGGUUCUGUUCUGAAUAUGGCAAUAAGUUUGGAAGGUUCUCUUCCCAUUGGAGCCAUCAUAGAGACGGCAGAAACAAUUGGUGUCUUUAUUAAAGAUGAUGCUGGAAAUGAGAUACACAUUGAAGACCUAACCUCAAUUGCUACUCCAUUUGACGGCAAUGAUCCCUUUCGGCUUGUCAAAUCUGCACUGCUUGUGACUGGCAUUAUUCAUGGAAGUGUUGUUGCAUCCAUGGGCCUGCAGAUCAGGACAUGGGCCCAUGUUCCUCGUGGCAGUGGCUUGGGGACCUCUAGUAUCUUAGCAGCUGCAGUUGUGAAGGGACUUCUCCAGAUUACCGAUGGAGAUGAAAGUAAUGAAAAUGUUGCAAGACUUGUUCUUGUAUUAGAGCAGCUCAUGGGAACAGGUGGUGGUUGGCAGGAUCAGAUUGGGGGUCUCUAUCCUGGUAUUAAAUUUACUGCAAGUUUUCCUGGAAUCCCAUUGCGACUACAAGUCGUCCCACUUUUGGCUUCUCCUGAGUUAAUAUCAGAGUUGCAGCAACGCUUGCUUGUGGUUUUUACUGGUCAAGUUCGACUUGCACACCGAGUCUUGCAAAAGGUGGUAAUCCGAUAUCUUCGACGGGACAACCUUCUUGUAUCCAGCAUCAAGCGGCUCGCUGAGCUGGCUAAGAUUGGGCGAGAAGCUUUGAUGAAUUGUGACAUAGAUGACCUUGGGGAGAUAAUGUUAGAGGCUUGGAGGCUGCAUCAAGAACUCGAUCCUUACUGCAGUAACGAAUUUGUCGAUAGACUUUUCGGAUUUGCACACCCCUAUUGUUGUGGCUACAAGCUUGUUGGAGCUGGGGGUGGAGGCUUUUCCUUGUUGCUUGCCAAGGAUGCUAGGCACGCAAAGGAACUAAGACAUUUGCUGGAAGAAGAUUCGAGUUUUGACGUCAAAAUAUACAACUGGAACAUCUUCAUAGAUAAUUAGGAGGUGUAUUAUUAUUCUUUAGAUUGCUUCUUAGCUUUUGUACAUUCUUUAAUAUAUAUAUAUAUAUAUAUAUAUAUAUUUUAUAUUGAUAUUGAUAUGCUUACUCUAUUUGUUGUAGUUUCAUUUAUUUAAGUCUGUAGAAUAAUUUCUGGAGAGGAGUAUCG